CUUAUUUUUCCAAUAAAGCUGCAAGAUUCAACGACUAUUGCAAAAAAAAUUUAAAACUGCCAUCACAAAUCUUCGUCAUCUCCUCUUGUAACGACUCUUAUUCCUCUGUAGCUCUGUCUGAAUCCUUCAAAAAGUCAACGCUCCUGUCUUAAUACUGUUUAGACAAGGACCAUCAAGGGUAGGAGGAGAGUUAUAAUCCAAUCUCUUCAAAGAUAGAACCAAACUCUUGAUACUCUUUGUAGAUCACAACAACAAAUGAAGACUAUCUGUGUGUUGGCCUUCUUCUUCUUCCUCCUCUUUCUCAUGGCAGAAGCUCAGAGCAGGAACCGGACACGUUGCCGCACAUUCUCCUGUGGAAGCCUCGACUUCAAGUUCCCUUUCUUUAGCACAGACAUGGAGUCUAGAUGCGGUCUGUUCAAGCUGAACUGCAGUGAUCACCAGAUAUCAGAGAUACAGCUUGAGGAAAAAGGGGAAUGGUAUAAAGUCAUAAGCGUCUCUCAAGCUAACACCAUAACCAUUACAGACCCAAGGCUUAACCAAAGCUUGGAAACAGGGUCCUGUACUGACUUGUCAAGCUUCUCUCUUCCAGAUUCUCCAUGGCUCGAGUUGACCGAUUUGUACAAAUGCAACGACAGUAGGAAGAAUGGUUUCACUUAUGCAAAUUGCCAAGGAGGAGGAAGCAGCUUGUACUACUCCAAAUUGGAAGAACAUUCAGGGUGCUCAGUUAUCAAGUCUCCAGAGAGCUGGGUGAUUCCAAGAAACAAGAACCAGUCUACUCUUAAUGCUACUUUCUCUCUUCAUAUAAACCUGCCUGGAAGCUGCCAUCGCUGCUAUAGACGAGGAGGAGAAUGUACGAUGAUCAACGACAAGUUCCGCUGUAUUGGGGGAACCAAAAGACCAAACAACCACCAAGGAGAGAAGUUAAAGCUAGGAUUAGGAAUAGGAGGAUCUGUCAUCUUGAUAAUCAUCUUGGUGGCACUCUUUAUCAUCAUCCAUAGGAUGUACAGAAGGAAAACAAGUUCAGAUCUCCUAUCUAGAAACAACUCCAAAUCCGACGUUGAGUUUAGCAAUGUCUUCUUUAAGCUACCAAUCUUCUCCUAUAAAGAACUUCAAGAAGCAACAGAUAACUUCAGCAAAGACAGGUUACUGGGAGAUGGAGGCUUUGGCACUGUCUACUAUGGAAAAGUGCGUGAUGGACGAGAAGUUGCAGUGAAGCGUCUCUACGAGCACAACUACAGAAGACUUGAGCAGUUCAUGAACGAGAUAGAGAUCCUCACACGUCUCCAUCACAAGAACCUAGUCUCCCUCUACGGAUGCACCUCGCGCCGGAGCAGAGAGCUUCUCCUUGUAUACGAGUUUGUUCCAAACGGUACGGUUGCAGAUCAUCUCUAUGGCGAAACCGAAAACUCGAGAAACAAAUGCUACUUAACAUGGUCGAUGCGCAUGAGCAUCGCCAUAGAAACAGCUAGUGCGUUGGCUUACCUUCACGCUUCUGAUAUCAUUCACCGCGAUGUCAAGACUGCAAACAUUCUCCUGGACGGUAACUUCGGAGUCAAAGUAGCGGAUUUCGGGUUAUCGAGGCUGUGUCCGAGUGAUGUAACGCAUGUUUCAACUGCUCCUCAGGGUACUCCGGGGUAUGUUGAUCCUGAGUAUCAUCGAUGCUAUCAUCUAACCGAUAAGAGUGAUGUAUACAGCUUUGGAGUGGUUCUUGUCGAGCUGAUAUCGUCGAAGCCUGCUGUUGAUAUAAACAGGUGCAAGAGUGAGAUCAACCUAUCGAGCUUAGCUAUAAACAAGAUACAGAACCACGCGACGCACGAGCUGAUUGAUCAGAGUCUUGGAUAUGGAAAGAAUGAAGGAGUUAGUAAAAUGACUACAAUGGUGGCAGAGUUGGCUUUUCGGUGCUUGCAGCAAGACAGUACUAUGAGGCCGAGAAUGGAACAAGUUGUGCAAGAGCUAAUGGGAAUCCAGAAGGAAGAUCACAAAGAAGAGACGCUAACUUCACAUCCUUCGCCUCCGGAUCGGGACGAGGCUUCGCUUCUAAAGAAUAUGAAAUUUCCAUGUUCACCAAUCUCUGUGACUGACCAAUGGACCAGUAAAUCAACUACACCGAAUAUUAGCGCCUACGACUGCUAAGAUCCAUCAUGAGGUAUUGGUUUAUUCUCAAUAUAGCAUGUAGUGAAGCUGUAGGUACUGAGAGAAUGCACAUAUAGUGACAUAACUUGCACUACCUUUUGUUUAUCAUACUCAUCAUAUGUAACUGUAUGUAAUAUUAACUCAAAAGGUUCUAACAAAAAAACAAAAAUUUGACUCA